UCUAAAACAGCAAAUAAUCCCAAAUUCACAUUUCCCAUUUCCCAAGCCCUUACGUCUCUGGUCUCUUUUGCUUAAAUUCGAAACACAACCUUGCUCCAUAAAUCUUCCGGAUUGCUGAAAUUUCACCCACUCCGUUAUCAAUCAAGGUUUGCUCAAUAUCUUGUGGAGUUAAUUUCCUUAUGUCAUGAAAUAUUAGUCUCACAUGGAGCAAGCAACCACCUUUAAUUCCCUUUUUUUUCUAGUAAAGGAUAUCUCUGGUCUCUUUCCCUGUUGCAUUAGAUGUUGGCUUUUGGUUUUGUUCUCUUCCUGGUUACUCCUAAUUUUAAGUUCUUGUAAUGGGAUUUAGGUCUUUUUAAGUUGUACCUUUCACUGCUCUCUUGUGGAAUUUUGUCAAUAAUAUGAAUUAAAUUGGUACUUUCUAAAGAAAAUGUUUAGUUCUUUUGUAGUAGAUGUGAGAGAAAUUAUUUAUAAGAUCUAAAUAUGGUUGAACUUUGAACAUGUCAAAAAAUAAAGUGAAAAAUAGAUUGCUUGACUAAUUAAGAAAUUUGAGACUCAGUAAGUAGUGUCGCUUCUCGGAGGCUGAAACCCAUUACGUUAUGCCUAGUAUUGCUUUUACGGUGAGUUACUAUCGUGGACUAUAGUUUUUUUUUUUUUUUGAACUCCCUUGCACGAAAUUCUGGAUCCGUCACUGGGGAUCAUCCCAGCCCUUUAAAAUUAUAUUCCCCUCAAAUAAUUUUUUACCCACUAAAAUAAUCCAACCUGACCCGAAUUUUUUUUUUCCAACCAAAGGGUAAUGGGUUGGGUCCGUAUCAGUUUGGCUGGAAAAACAAAAUCUGGUCGGGUUAGGUUAUUUUAGUGGGUAAAAAAUUAUUUGAGAGGAAAAUAAUUUUGAAGGGUUGGGAUGAUACCACGUGGCAGCUGUUAGACAUAAGGGUAUAAUUGACUUCAUAGUAUGACGGUAAAGGUAUAAUUGGUCGUAUAACGAAGGGAUGGAUGAAUUAUUUCACAAAGUUGAGGGGUAAUUUUGGCCCUUUUCCGUUUAAAAAAUUAAUAUAUGCUUGUUGUCUGUCACAUUCAUGAUUAGCCAACUAGCUGAAACGUUAAACUAUAGCCAACCCUUAUUGACUUUAAUUUCACUUUUGACUAAUACUUUAUAACAUACACAAGAAAUCUCCUGAGGAACCACUAUUUAAACUGCAUAUUGUCAAGCCAUUCUAGCAGACUACAGAGUAAAUUUAACUCAUCACACUCCUCGAUAUAUCUCAACUUCAUGGAGUUCUUUAGAAUUUUAAUUUCACUCUUUGCUCUUCAAUUCUUACUUUUUCUAUCACCAAUCCAUACAGCACCUGGAAAUUCCAAUCUUUUCAGGGAAUACAUUGGAGCAGAGUUCAAGGAUGUCAAAUUUAUUGAUGUUCCCAUUCACUCUGAUGUCGAAUUUCACUUCAUUCUCUCUUUUGCCAUUGACUACACCACUUCUUCUCCAUCACCCGCAAACGGUCAAUUCAAUAUUUUUUGGGACACAGAUAACCUCACCCCUUCUUCUGUUUCCGCGAUUAAAAACCAACAUUCGAAUGUCAAAGUAGCAUUGAGCUUAGGAGGUGACAGUGUUGGAGGAGCCAGCGCGUAUUUCAACCCUACUUCGGUCGAUUCUUGGGUUUCAAAUGCUGUCUCGUCUCUUACAAACAUCAUUAAGCAAUACAAUUUGGAUGGAAUUGAUAUCGACUAUGAACAUUUUCAAGCUGAUCCUAAUACCUUUGCUGAGUGCAUAGGCAGACUAAUCACAGCUCUCAAGAACAACGGAGUUAUUUCGUUUGCUUCUAUAGCUCCGUUUAAUGAUGAUGAAGUUCAGAGUCAUUACAAGGCGCUAUGGAAAAGCUAUGGUCACCUUAUAGACUAUGUUAACUUCCAAUUUUACGCGUACGAUGAGGGAACCACUGUGUCUCAAUUCAUGGACUAUUUUUCUACUCAAAGAUCCAAUUAUGAAGGAGGAAGGGUUCUUGCUAGCUUCAGUACAGAUAGGAGUGGGGGAUUAAAACCAGAAAAUGGAUUUUUCACAGCAUGUAGUCAGCUUAAAAGUAAAGGAGAGUUGGGUGGAAUAUUUGUGUGGAGUGCUGAUGAUUCAAAAUCAAAUGGCUUCAAAUAUGAGAAGCAAUCACAAGCAUUACUCGCCAUACCCCACUAAUGCUUUCAGCUAUGUUCACUUCUACAAUAUUGUAAUAUUCAUACUUAUGUACCUCCUUGUUUGUAGAAAACUUUUGAAGAUUUCAAUCAAUAUACUACAAUUGGGUUUAUGUGCAU